CGAGGUGCAGACAUCGGACAUCAUCAGCCAAUGGUCAAUAGGGGGCGCCAUGUGAGGACCGCCUGAGUACAUAAACCUGGUCAUUUAACUAGUCCAGGGUGCAAGAGGAAGUAUGAAGCUGGAUAGUGCUGCUUACAGCCUGGAGAGCUAAGUGAUCAGUGAUCCUUCAUCCUGAGCGUCAGUCAGGGAGACUCUCUCUCUCUGUGCUUCCAGCUUGCUCUUUUCUUUCCUCUCUGGUGGACUCUCUCUCUCUCUACUCUCUACAUUUCUCUCCUCUGGUUCUUCGCCCCUCUCUGCCUUUAAUUUCUUUCCCUCAACCAUGCCUCCGACCCUGACCACAGCGUUUGCCAGGCGCUGGUGGAUGGCAGUGACUGCUAUCGUUGAGAAUCUGCUGUUCUCCGCGGUGCUGUUGGGAUGGGGGUCGCUCCUCAUCAUGCUCAAGUCAGAAGGCUUCUACUCUUACCUUUGCAAGGAAGAGGGUAACAGCUCCAGCUACAAUCUGUCCCUACCUCUGGUAACAUCAACACCCGAUGAGUAUGCUGAGUACUAUGAAAGCGAGGGUGCUGUGGUUGGUCUGGGAGACGGAGUGGAGAUGAGGCCCCUGGUCCCUAUGGAUGGGUCCCUGAGGAUGAACGGCUGGCUGAUUUGUAAAGAACAGGAUGAAAUGCUGAACUUGGCAUUCACAGUGGGCUCCUUCCUGCUCUCAGCCAUCACCCUGCCUCUGGGGAUCGUCAUGGAUAAAUAUGGGCCUCGCAAGCUACGACUGUUGGGCAGCACGUGUUUUGGAUUGUCCUGUCUACUCAUUGCUUAUGGAGCAUACAACCCAAAUGAACUCUCUGUCCUUAUCUUCAUUGCCCUGACUUUCAAUGGCUUUGGGGGUAUGUGCAUGACCUUCACCUCUCUCACACUCCCUAACAUGUUUGGGGACCUCCGUUCCACCUUUAUAGCCCUGAUGAUUGGCUCCUAUGCCUCCUCCGCUGUCACCUUCCCUGGUGUUAAGGUGAUCUAUGACCUUGGCAUACCUUUCAUCACUAUUCUGGUGGUGUGGGCUGCCUGUGCUGGACUGGUCUUCUUGAACUGCUUCUUCAACUGGCCACUGGAACCGUUUCCAGGACCAGAGGACAUGGACUACACUGUGAAGAUCAAGUUCAGCUGGCUGGGCUUUGACCAUAAAAUCACAGGGAAGCAGUUCUACCACCAAGUGACCACAGUGGGCCGUCGUCUGAGUGUGGGCAACAGCCUGAAACAGAAGGAGCUGGCCACUAAAGACGGACACAUGCUGUGUCUCUCCACCAUGGACCUGGAAAUUGACUGCAAGCCACAAGAAGAGUCCCAGUCAUUCUUGAAAACUAUCACCAGCACUAUGUUCCUGCUCAGUCUGGUGACCAUGUCCGUCACUCAGCUUCGUCUCUUGUUCUACAUGGGGGCCAUGAACAGCGUCCUGGAGUCGCUCAGUGAUGGAGACCUCAACACAGUGGGUCUGUACUCCUCCAUCUUUGGCGUGCUGCAGCUGCUUUGCCUGAUGACCACUCCCGUGAUUGGUCAGAUCAUGGACUGGAAGCUAAAGGACUGUGAUGAUGGUGAGGAGGAAAAGGAACCCUGCAGCAAGGGAGAGACAAAGAAAAAGCGCAGAGACAAAAAGACCCAGAAGGUGACCAAUGCCUUACGAGCAUUCGUCCUCACAAACAUCCUUUUAGUGGGAUUUGGGAUCACUAGCCUAGUGCCCAAUCUCCCGCUGCAGAUUGUGUCAUUCGUCUUACACACUGUGGUGAGAGGAUUCAUUCACUCUGCAGUUGGCGGCCUCUAUGCUGCUGUGUAUCCCUCCUCCCAGUUUGGCAGUCUAACGGGCAUGCAGUCUUUGGUCAGCGCUGUGUUUGCUCUACUGCAGCAACCCCUGUUUCUGGCUAUGAUGGGACCCUUGGAGGGAGACCCACUCUGGGUCAAUGUCGGUCUCCUUGUUCUCAGUAUGCUGGGCUUCUUGCUGCCACUCUACCUGAUCUGCUACAGACGGACGCUCCACAAAGAGCAACAGCAGAGGGAGGACAACGCUAAGAUCUACAUUAAAAUCAACGACUCAGACAUUCCUGAGGCCUAUGUCUAGAGAAGAGUAAAUCAGAGAAAUGGAGAACAUAGGAUGAAGAAAGAUUUUUUACUGAGAAACACCGCCAAUCCAGUAAUAUGUGCACACAUGCACAUACAAAAGGACAAUUGAAAUCUCAACUAUUUACAAUAUCAUUUUUAUAGGUCUCCAUCGUACACACACACAUACACAAACAGACUGCCACAUGCAUUUUCCAAAAUCCCACUAAGAUAAACUGAUGCUGCAGUUGUCACAGAAACGAGUCCACAGUCGCUGAGGACGAAAGUGAAACAUGGAGGGGAAAAGAAGGACAAGAGAGAGGAAAGACUGUGAAAGGAAAGAGGCAUCAGCCCUCUGCAUUCCCCCAAAUCCUCUGACUUCUCUUUUUAUUCCCUCCUCUCUGUGCAGCACAUUAGUGCAGCUGCAUUCCACAUAAGACUGCUUUAAUAUUCCCUGUAUGAGCAGAAAAAGGAAAAAAAGAACUUGUUUAGCGCCAUGAAUUUCCACCUGUGAAACCAGCACAACAAACCUCACCAUUAUAAGCGAGUGAUUCCAUUAUUAUCAUUUUCUUUUUUUGUUGUUUAAUAUAUUGAUUUAAUAUAUAUAUCCUGAUUGUAGAUCCCAUAACAUGGUGCUACCUAUCUUUUCAUCAGAUGGAUCAGGAUUGAUCAGGGAGGAGAGAGCAUUAUUGCGGAUGUUUCUCAGGCGAGUAGAAAGGACAGUCACGAUUAAUGACAGGGCUGGAUUUUUUCCUUUUUUAUGAGGCUAACAUCUUAUUACAGUAUAAAAUUACUAUAGCUUAGAAUAUACUGUAUUACUGGAUACAUGUCAGUGUUUUUUGGGGCUGUAUUCUGUAAGAGGGACAUCAAACAAACCGGUAUUAUAUAUAACAGCAAAAUGUUCAUAUAUGUUUAGACUAUUUAUUUCAUUUCCUGCCUUCUUUACUUUUCUUUUUAUACUUUAAGUUUACCUGGGUUGCCUUUUAGAAUAUACCUUCAUAUAAAAGAAAAGAUUUGUUAAUUGGGCGGCAUGUUCUAUUGAACUUUUUUACACAUAUCAGUGACAAUAGUCUCCCGUUUUUUAUAAAUACCAUUUAUACAUCAAGGUUUUUUAACAUUUCAGUAUACUUAAUGUUCUCCAUUAAGUGUAUCCAUAAAAUCAUCAUCAUUCAGAUGCCUUAGCUUAAAGUCGGUAUUCCAUUCAGUCUUUCUACCUACUGUCAAGAGAAAUUCAGCACUUUAUACCCUGCUAACCACACACAUCACACAUUGGCUACUUUCAGUACUUCUCUCCCGAUGCCUCUCUUGAGAAAUAGUCCCACUUUGUGCUCCUCCUACCUUCAUACAUGUAUUUAUUUUAUUUUACACUCACAUUUCCAUAAUAAAUUUCAUGAUGUAUUGAAAUUGCGCUGUGCUGGCAACUACUCAUAGCAAAGAGCUCUUUCUUCUAUCAUUGAUGCUAAUGUAGAGAUGUUUUGUUGUGCAGGCAUUCCUGUUUAAAUAUGGAAGAAUUCGUGGGGGUUAAUAAAGAUGAGUUGAUCUCUUUAAA